AUGGCUUGUUGUGUUUUACAUAACCUAUUACGAGGCAAGAGUACUACAUAUAUUCAACCUAAUCAUAUUGAUAGAGAAGACGUUAACUCUGGAACUGUUUUAUUAGGUGACGAUAGGCACACUAAUUCAGAACUAACGUCACUGGAUAUUUCUAGGCACGACGUUCCUACUAUUGACGCCAAAAUGCAAAGUGCGAACGCCAAACAUAAAUUCGAUAAUGUUCAACGACAACAUGGCAAAGAACCAAAAAAGCUCGAAAAGGACGUAGCAACAAGAUGGAACUCCACAUAUCUAAUGCUAGAAAGAUUUGUGGAGUUAGAAGAAGCAAUACGAACAACUCUAGCAUUAAUGGAUUCAGUUUCUCUGCCAGUCAUUCCCACAGAGGAGUGGACAUUUAUGAAGGAAUUAGUAAUUAUAUUAAAACCAUUUUUUGAUGUAACUGAGUUAAUGUCUGGAGAAAAAUACGUCACAUUAUCUUUAGUUAUAAUCAUGACAAAUGGGUUGAAAAAUGUUUGUAAUGAGAUGUUGAAUAGCGAUCAGUUUACUACCGAAGUUAGCCAAAAUUUUAUAAAAAAUCUUAUACAAAACAUAACAUCGCGGCUUGGAGAUUUAGAGUCCAGUAAGACCCUAAUUGUGUCAACAUUUCUGGAUCCAAGGUUUAAGAAUAUUGGUUUUAGUAAUCCUGUCGUUUCAGAUAAGGCGAAGGAAUAUGUUACUGGUUUAGUAGCUCAAAAUAUAAGAGCAAGGUGCGAAACGACUGGAGAAGCAGGUUUAGAGGUUGGUGCCGGUAAUGCGACGUCAGAAAAGCCACUAUUUGACCUUUGGAAGCAGUUUAAUAAGUCGGUGUCAUCUCAUCCUAAAGUCAAUCAAAGUCCGCAGGCACGUGCUAUAGUUGAAGUAAACCGUUACUUGGAGGAAGAAAUUAUCCCAAGGAACGAGGAUCCUUUGAAGUGGUGGGCUAACAAUGGUGCGGUUUUUCCAAAUUUAAGCCAUGUCGUCCGAUGCAAGUUUGGAACAGUUUCAACUUCAGUUGCAUGUGAACGCAUGUUUUCAAAGACUGGUCUUAUUAUUUCGGAGCGGCGAAGUCGCAUUAAGUUAGAGAAAGUAAAAAAAAUUAUGUUUUUAAAUGUUAAUCAAAAGUUACUUUGA